AUGUCUCGAUUCUCGACUCCUCGUCGACUUUCAGUCUCUUGUCACUAUCAUGAUCCACACGGGUCAUGCGGAUGUCAUAAACGCGGGCGGGGUCACGAGCUGCCAGGGCCCAGAGCCGGCCUUGAUGUCUCUCAAGGCAGCAGCAUUUCGACCGUGGUUGCUUUUCUGUGUCGAAUAGACGAGAUGCAGGCUUUGUACAGCAAAAUUACGCUAGCCAGGGGCCCAAGUUGCCUGCCCUGGGGAUCAUUUUUACCCAUGUUUUCUUUUCCAUACACGCUGCACCCACCCAGACGUGCGAGACAAGAGGGGGAAGAUGAACACCAGGGCUUUGGGCAGCAAAUCGAGCCGUGUGUUUGCAGGACCCGUUUCUCUGGAUUCCGCAGAUCUCAUAUUGCAGGGUUUGGCCUUACCAAGUCGAUGCUGAGGACGCUUGCGACGAAUACAGUAAUAGUAAACGAGAAUGACAAGGGAGCCCAGGCCCAAAACGGCUUGGGGCGGGCUGUCUUGGUGCGUCGGGGAAGUGUGGGAAGGGAAGCGGGCACGGCGGGGCGGGAGGAUGCUAGCGAUUUGAAGACUCGAGCCAAGCAUCGACCCGUGGGCCUUGUCUUCUGCCCUCCAAGGGCCCAAGACUGUUACACAGACCAUCACCACGCCUGA